UAUAUUUCCAGCAACUUAACUAUUUUCGCAGUUCAGAAUGAAGACCAUGAAGCAUUAUAUUCAUUUUGCUGUAUUUCUUGUAAACUUAUCUGUUCUGUGCCUGAGUCAUGAAAGUCAGAAAGAUGCAGCAAUGGUUGCCAACAGCUUUCAUAUUGAUUGCAAAAUAACAUCUCGUUUUGCACGAACUAAAAUCACAACCGAAGUCUACAAUCAGUUGAAUAUUUCCCGGGAGGCAAUUUUUCAUGUGGAACUUCCUAAAACUGCCUUUAUCACCAACUUCAGCAUGACUGUUGAAGGUGUCACACAUGUCGGUACAGUCAAAGAACAUGCUAAAGCAAAGAUGCAGUAUUCCAAAGCUGUUUCCAGGGGUCAAAGUGCUGGACUGGUUCAGUCUACGGGGCGAAAAAUGGAACAAUUUAAAAUAUCUGUGAACGUAGCUGGAUUUUCAAACGCAACUUUUAAGCUGGUUUAUGAAGAACUGCUGAAGCGUUAUCUGGGGAAAUAUGAAUAUAAUUUGAAAGUCAGGCCUAAGCAGCUAGUGAAAAGCUUUCAGAUAAACGUGGACAUCAUUGAGCCCCAAGGUAUUAGCUUUCUGAAGACUGAUGCUACUUUCAUUAAUAAUGAAUUAACAGAUAUUCUUAAAACUGAUCUUACAGAAAACAAGGCCCGUAUUGAAUUUAAACCAACACUGGACCAACAGCGCACAUGUCCACAUUGUUCAGACACCGUACUAGAUGGUGACUUUGUCCUAAAAUACGACGUUAACAGGGAUGUUUCGGCUGGAAAUAUACAGAUAAUAAAUGGAUAUUUUGUGCAUUACUUCGCCCCAAAAAGUCUUAAAAAUGUGCCAAAGAAUGUAGUGUUUGUUAUCGAUCGUAGUGGAUCAAUGUAUGGGCGGAAGAUUAAACAGACAAUUAUAGCUUUAGACAAAAUAUUGGAUGAUAUACCUGAGGAAGAUCACUUUGGAAUCUUAACAUUUGAUAGCGAAAUUAACCAUUGGAAGGAAGACUUAGUGAAAGCAACAAAAACUCACAUUAAUGAGGCAAAAGACUUUGUAAAAAAGAUCACUGCAGAAGGAUCCACGGAUAUAAAUGAAGCACUACUGGCUGCAGAGAAAAUGCUCCGAAAUGCCACAGAAAAAAAGCUGUUACCUGAAAUAAGCACUUCAAUUAUAAUUCUUCUCUCAGAUGGAGACCCAACUGAUGGUGUCACCGAUUUAAAUACUAUUGUGAAAAAUGUUAAACAAGCCAUUCAAAGCAAGGCUACAUUAUAUUGUUUGGGCUUUGGCGAGGAUCUCGAUUAUGAUUUUUUGGAGAAAUUGUCUCAGGAAAAUGGAGGUCUUGCCAGGAGAAUAUACGAGGAUUCGGAUGCUGCUUUGCAAUUACAGGGUUUCUACAAUGAAGUGGCAUACCCAGUGCUUUUGGAUGUUCAUCUAGAAUACCUGGAUAAUUCUGUUGAGCAUUUAACAAAGAACAGAUUUAGACAUUCUUACCAAGGUUCUGAAAUCAUUGUCGCAGGUCAUAUAGGAAAUAACAAUUUGGAGAUACUAACAGCACAAGUCACUGCACAAGGAGCUUCAGAGAAAUUUUCGGUAAACUUGGAAAAAAAUAUAACAGAUGAGGACUGCACACUUCGAGAGCAAGGCUACAUUUUUGGAGACUUCACAGAAAGACUUUGGUCUUACCUGACCAUAGAACAGCUGCUAAAUGAAGAAAUUUCAGCUGAGGGUGAAGAGAAAAAUAAUCUCAGAGAGAGAGCCCUGAACCUGUCCUUGAAAUACAAUUUUGUCACUCCUCUUACAUCUAUGGUUGUUACAACUUCUGAAGAUGAAGAUAAAAAAAUUGUUGCAAAUAAGCCAAAGGAAAAAGGUCAUGAGAUUCUUUAUGAUGAUGACAGUGUUGAGUAUAGAAGAAUUAACGUUUUUGGUAUGGGGAUUAUUUAUGAUGAUGACAUUGUUGACCAGGAAAGUGUUGAUGAUGACAGUGUUGGUCAUGGGAUUGUGGGUGGCGUUGGCUAUUUAACUAGUGGAAUUGGUCCUGCUCGUGACAUUGUGGCUAAGCCGGCUACUUUUGUAAAGGUUCAAGAGCCUACCGUAAUUCCUUUUGAAGCAGAAGUAAUUUUUCAUACCAAAACUCAACAGACGCCAUUCACAGAUUGCAAAAAUAACCACGUUGUCUUACGUGUCCCUUUGGUUGAAAAAAGUAUAUGUCUUCAAAUUGAUGUGGAGAAAACUACCAUUAUAAAUCUGUUACACAUUGAACACGAAGCUUUUACAUUUAACGGAGAAGUGUCCCAAAAUAGAACAAGCUUUGAAAGAUUUGGACUUAUUAAGAAUAAGCUGGAAGUCGAAAUAACUCUGGAUAAUAUUACGCUAAAAAAUGAAAAAGACGAACGGGAAUUCCAUGAGUGGACAUCAUCUUUCGAAAAGGAAGGAUUUAUGAAAACCGAAGGAAAGAAGAUGACUGUGUUAGUGGAGAAUGGCACAACGUUAAUCAUUUCUAUGAUGGAAAAUCCACAUCGUUUGGCUUUAUUUGUGGAACAAAAAGAUACUCUUUUAAAUGGCACUACUGGUUUAUUGGGUCAACUAAUUAACCAGUUUAUUCAGGCGACAAACACAUUUCCGGUUGUGCGUAAAAAAGAGGGUCUUGUUGUUGCUGAAAGGGGAAGACAUUGUGAAUUUACCCCACAUGACCUGGAUCCGGAUAGAGAAUGCUGGUUUGUGAACAUCAAUCAAGAUGAAUUAACUAGUGGGACUGGAAACAUUAUUUCAGAUAUUUACAAAGUUCCACAUGCAAUGUCUCACCAGUAAUAUGAGAUUAAUACAGUGUGACGCACAUGUCAAUUUGAAAUUUAGUAUGUAAUGAGCAUACUUCAUAAAAAUAAGUAUAGAAAUGAAUUGCAUUUGUUUUAUUUGUCGUCACCAUUUUAUAUAUAUAAAAGUAUUUACAGUG